GAAACCGCAAAUCUUGUCCCAUUCCUCUUCCAACAUAAAAAUUGAAAAACUGCGAUCAACGGCUCAUUUCAAAGUUUUCACUUCACUCUCUUCUCUUCUUCUCUCUCUGGUCUCUGUCGUCGGUUAUUUCAAAGCAGAGAACUUUGGCUUUCUCAGGUCAUCUUUGUCUCCAUCUCAGGAGUUGAGUUUUUUUGGUGGUCUCUCGGAUUCUGAAAACAGCAGAGCAUAGACCAGAUCUUCUUCUUCAUCACCAUCAUCCAUGUUUGUCAGAAAGCUUGUGGAGAAGGCUUCCAAAAAGCCUGGUGGAAAUUCUGAUGGUCUCAAAGGCAGUGAUAUAGACCCACGUCUAUUAUUUCAUUAUGGGAUCCCAUCAGGGUGUAACAUGUUGGCUUAUGAUCCCAUUCAAAAAAUACUUGCAGUUUCGUCCAAGGAUGGCAGAAUUAAAUUAUUUGGCAAAGAUAACACUCAAGCUCUGCUUGAGUCUGUCAAUGCAGUACCAAGCAAGUUUUUACAGUUUGUGGAGAACCAAGGCAUACUUGUAAAUGUGAAUUCCAAGAACCAUAUUGAGAUUUGGGAUGUAGAAAAGAACCUGUUGGCUGAUGUGCAUGCUUUUGAAGAAGAUAUUACUUCUUUCACUGUCAUGCAACAUAGUCUCUACAUGUAUGUUGGAGAUUCUGCUGGUAAUGUUAGAGUUUUGAAGCUUGAGCAAGAACAUAUAGUACAAAUGAUGUACACUAUACCUUAUUCAGCUUCUCAUGGGAAUCCAACUGAAGUACCUGGUGAUACUUCUGUGGUACAUGUACUGCCUCAACCAACAGCUGAAAGUAAGAGAGUUCUUACAAUUUUUAGAGAUGGUAUCAUAUCCUUAUGGGAUAUUCGAGAAAGCAAAACCGUAUUCACAGCAGCUGGAAAUGCAUUGCAAUCAUUUCAUCAUGAAGGGAAAAAAGUGACUUCUGCAUGCUGGGCAUGCCCCUUUGGGAGUAAAGUUGCUGUUGGGUACAGCAAUGGAGAUAUUUUCAUCUGGAGUGUUCCAACAAGAACUGAAUUACCAUCAGAGCCUAGUACACAAAGUACUCCGAUCUUUAAACUGAAUGUUGGUUAUAAGUUGGACAAAAUUCCUAUAGCAUCAUUGAGAUGGGCUUAUGCAGAUGGGAAGGCAAGUAGACUAUAUGUUAUGGGGGGGUCUGACACCAUCUCUUCAAACUUGUUACAGGUAAUCUUGUUGAAUGAACAUACAGAAGGUCGCACUAUUAAAUUAGGGCUUCAGUUGCCCGAGCCUUGUAUCGACAUGGAGAUUGUUUCAAGCUUUAGUGAGCAAAGCAAACAUAAACAAGAUUGCUUUCUUUUGCUUGGUAAUUCAGGAAAUCUUUAUGCCUAUGAUGAUUGUUCGAUCGAAAAGUAUCUUCUACAAAGCCAAUCGAAGUCUUCACCAUCAUUGCCAAAGGAGGUCAUGGUGAAGAUACCGUUUGUUGAUUCAAGCAUUACAGUGGCAAAAUUUAUCACAGAUAAUACCCAAAUGUUAAGUUUUGCUGAUGAGGACUACCUUCUCCUGGCGAAAAGCAUUCCAUCUCUCUUUUCUUUUGAGACAAAACCAAAAGAUGGAACUCAGUCAAAUGCAGCCCGCUUUACUGGAUUUUCGAAAGUUAAAAAUUUGUACAUAACUGGACACAGUGAUGGAGCCCUGAACUUUUGGGAUUUGUCAUGUCCACUUUUAGUACCAAUACUAUCAUUAAAGCAACAGAGUGAGGAUGAUCUUUCUUUAAGUGGUAUACCAGUCACAGCAUUGUUUUUCGAUGCGAACUCUCUGCUUAUUGUUUCUGGAGAUCAGAGUGGAAUGGUUCGAAUCUUUAGAUUGAAACCUGAACCAUAUGCCAAUGUGAGCAGUUUCUUGUCUCUUCAAGGAAGUACGAAAAAAGGAAACGAUCACAUCAUUCAAAGUGUUAAACUCUUGAAGGUUAAUGGUUCUGUACUUUCUGUGAACAUGAACCACAGCACAGGACAUCUUGCUGUUGGGUCUAGUCAAGGAUAUGUUUCAGUUCUUGAUAUAGAAGGGCCAACUGUAUUAUACCAAAAACAUAUUGCAAGUGAAAUCUCCACCGGCAUCGUCUCUCUGCAUUUCCAAACCUGCAGUUUUCAUGGUUUUGACAAGAAUGUCUUAGCAGUUGCAACAGAGGAUUCAUCUGUUUUGGCUCUUGAUAGUGAUAAUGGAAACACAUUGAGUACUAGUUUGGUUCAUCCCAAAAAACCCACUCGAGCACUUUUCAUGCAGAUCUUGGAUGGGCAGGAUGUUAAAAGAUUAAACUUAUUAAACGGUCUUGACUUGAGCAAAGGGAGCCCUGUUGAGGACGGCGUGCCAAAGCAGUCUUUACUCCUGCUAUGUUCUGAAAAAGCUGCAUACGUAUAUUCUUUCACUCAUGUCAUGCAGGGAGUUAAGAAGGUAAUCCACAAGAAGAAAUUCCAAGCAUCUUGUUGCUGGGCUUCGACAUUCUACACCUCCUCUGAUGUUGGCCUCAUACUCCUUUUCACAAGUGGAAAAGUUGAGAUAAGGUCCUUGCCUGAGUUAUCCUUAAUAAAGGAGACGUCAAUAAGGGGCUUCACAUACUCCACUCCAAAACCAAACUCAUUUUCUGAUAGUUCAAUAUGCUCUUCGUGUGAAGGAGAACUUGUUAUGGCGAAUGGUGAUCAGGAAAUAUUUUUCUUCUCUCUUUCACUCCACAAGAAAAGCUUCAGGCUUUUAGACAGUUUCAACUUGACUUACCAGAAAGAUUUGAUAGUUCCACAAGAAGAUCUCAUUCCUGGACGCGCCACACCAAAGGAAAAGAAAAAGGGUAUAUUCAGCUCUGUCAUUAAAGAUAUUGUGGGAAGCAAAGCGAAGAAUGUCCCUGAGAUUGAAACUGAAGAUACUAAAGAAAGUUUCGAAGAACUUUCGACGAUCUUUUCAACUGCUAACUUUACAUUAGAUGCUGAGAAUACAGAUGAGCAGGCCAGGGAUGAAGAUGAGCUAGACCUAGAUGACAUUGACAUCGACAUGGACAUGGACAUUCCUGGAGAAAAACCAAAAGAGCAGAAUAUGUUGGCAGCUCUUAACAAGGAAAAAUUGGCAAGCAAAUUUAUGGCCUUUAAAGGUAAAGUUCUGAAACAAAUGAAGUCCAAGACUGAGAAAAACUCCACCAAAGAAGAGCAACAGGAUGAGAAGGUUGGUCAAGUUGACCAAAUUAAGAGGAGAUAUGGAUUCUCGUCAAGUGAAGCAAAUAUUGCUAAAAUGGCAGAAAGCAAGCUGCAGGAGAACACGAAAAAGUUGCAGGGAAUCAACCUGAGGACUACAGAGAUGCAAGACACAGCUAAAUCAUUCUCAUCCUUGGCAAAAGAAGUGCUGCGAACUGAACAGGAUAGGCGAGGCUCAUGACCCCAUUGAGCUUAUUGUCUUCA